AAUUGAAUAAAAAAUCAAACACUGGUAAAAAUAAAGGGAGUGUUCUCGGGAACUAUAACAUAUUUGGUAAUAGUAAUCUGCCCGUGAAUUCAAACACCUUUACAACUAACGGAAGGACCUUCGUGAAUAAUGGAGAAUAUGAAAUUUUCCAUGGUGGUGAUAAAACCUUAAAAACGCCUACUGGUAUUUAUACUAGAUUGAAAGGAUGGAAAAAAUUAUCAGAAAAGGAAAAAUUAUCAGUCCAGAAAAAAAUAGCAGGAUUCGAUAAAGAAAUGAAAAAUUCCAUGGAAUCACUUGAAUCAUCAGAGUCCCCUGAAUCAUCAAAAUCAUUUGAACUAUCACAAUCACCUGAAUCAUCAGAAUAUAAGGCAUCUAACGGAUCUAAUGAAUCGAAUCAAAUUGUUAGUCCAAAAAAAUCAGGAAAACUAAAGGAUAAUAUUCUUAACCCUGGAAAUAACCAGAGAAACAAUAAUAAUCUACAGGACAAGAAAAACGUUAGAAAAUCAUCAUCUGUAUCUUUUGAGAACUCCAACACUAACGGGAAUAUUUUCGGGAACAAUUACUUAUUUGGUAAUAGUAAUCUGCCCGUGAAUUCAAACACCUUUACAACUAACGGAAGGACCUUCGUGAAUAAUGGAGAAUAUGAAAUUUUCUAUGGUGGUGAUCGAAUUUUAAAAACGUCUACUGGUAUUUAUACCGGAUUGAAAGGAUGGAAAAAAUUAUCAGAAAAGGAAAAAUUAUCAGUACAAAAAAAAAUAGCAGGAUUCAAUAAAACAAUGGGAAAUUUAAUGGUAUCAACUUUAUCACCAGAAUAUGAAGAAUCUGAUGUGUCCAGUGGAUGGGGUUGGCUGGGUUGGCUAUUUAAGAAUUUCAGAUUGUUUAGAUAUUUCAAUGGAAAUAAUUAUCAAAAAAAUACGAAAAAUUAUGGAAUAGCAAAUGCUGAUAAUAGUUACAUUGGAACUUAUGGAAACGUCAAUUUUUAAUAAAAACAAAAAAAGUUAACCAAAAUUAAUUUAUAUAAUACCGACUAUGGAAAUUCAAAACCUAUGAAAAUCAAACUACAUUUUCUCAAUAGCUCUAUGCCAAGUAUCCAACUGUGAAAAAGUGUUUUUACAAUAAUAAUUAUAAUAGUAUUCGAAGCAAUAAAAAUAUAAGAAAUAUAAAGAGUGAAUUUAGAUCUAUCAAUAUUAGACAUGUUUAUUAAAGUUAAUUAAUAAAAAAAAUUCUAUUAUACACAUUAAA